UCGGCGUACCUUCUAAUCUUAUCUUACUCCAACAUUCUCACCAUCCGAUCAAACAAAAUGGGCAGCAGCUCAUCUCCUUCCCUACUCCUCGUCUUCCUUCUCCUCCUCCCCUCAUUUAUUAUCGCCGCCUCUCCCUUUCCUUACCACUCCAACAAAAUCCACAUUCCCCUCGCCGGCGUCAAACCCUCCGGCGACACCCUCGGCGAAUCGAAGCGUUAUGAGGGGUCCUCUGAUCUUGUCAACCUCCGAUACCACAUGGGUCCCGUUCUCUCAUCCUCUAUCAAGCUCUAUCUGAUAUGGUACGGCCGAUGGGCUCCUUCUCAACAAUCCACAAUCCGGGACUUCCUCCUCUCGAUCUCCGACUCAUCCUCUCCAUCGCCCUCCGUUUCCGAAUGGUGGUCGACCGUCUCCCUCUACGCCGACCAAACCGGCGCCAAUGUCACCCGAUCCCUCACCAUCGGCGGCGAAUCUUCCAACCUCUCCCUCUCUCGCGGCACCUCGCUCACACGCCUCUCCAUUCAGCAAGUCAUCUCCGAUUCCAUCCGAUCCGGCCUCCCCGCAGACCACCGCAACGGCGUCUACCUCGUCCUCACAGCCGCCGGCGUCGAUGUCCAGGAUUUCUGCCGCGCGGUAUGUGGCUUCCAUUACUUCACCUUCCCUUCCAUGGUUGGCCACACUUUGCCGUACGCCUGGAUCGGUUAUAGCGCUCGCCAGUGCCCAGAUGUUUGCGCCUACCCGUUCGCUAUUCCGGCGUACAUGGGUCGCGCCACGGCGGCGAUGCGUCCGCCUAAUGGCGAUGUUGGGGUUGAUGGAAUGGUGAGUGUGAUUGCUCACGAGCUUGCUGAACUAUCCACGAAUCCGCUUGUGAACGCGUGGUAUGCCGGCGAUGAUCCAACCUCCCCGACGGAGAUCGCCGAUCUUUGCGAGGGGGUUUAUGGAAGUGGGGGUGGCGGAGGGUACACCGGCCAGGUGGCGAGCGAUGGCGCCGGCAGGCAGUUUAAUGUGAAUGGGAGGAAGGGAAGAAAGUUUUUGAUACAGUGGGUUUGGAGCCCGGUGCUUAGGGCAUGUGCUGGCCCUAAUGCCGUUAAUUAGGAUGAUAAUGAUUAUUAUUUGUCUAUAUUGAUAAUUUGAGAAUUCUGUUAAGUUGUCAUCCUUUAUGGCUUUAUAGGGAAUUAGAUAGAGUGAACUUUUGAUUUA